AGAGGCGAGCAGUUGACAUUAUAACACACAUAAUGGCGAAUUCCGUUAUCCCUGAGCAUCACCGCAAUCUUUGUUUCUCUCUUGCUUUCAUUUCCUUCAUAAUUUUUACGGGUGCUCAGGUUGCUCCAAGUGUUAUCGUGUUCGGGGACUCACUUGUUGAUGUAGGUAACAAUAACUUCCUUGCGCUGUCACUCGCCAAAGCUAACUUUCCUCAUAAUGGAGUUGAUUUCGAUGGAAGCAAGUCGACUGGGAGGUUCAGUAAUGGCAAGAAUGCUGCUGAUUUUUUUGCUGAAAAGUUAGAAUUACAAACCUCACCGCCAUAUCUGUCAACUCAAAAGGAAUCUUUUUUCUUAAAGAGAAUUAAAAAGGAUUCAUUUUUCUUGAAAAGAAUUAAAAACGAUGAAUCUAACGCCAUAAAAGCAGUUCUUCAGAAUGGGGGCAUCAGUUUUGCAUCAGGAGGAGCUGGAAUCUUAAAUGAAACAAACAAAAUAUUUGUACAAUCCAUUUCAUUAGACGAACAAACAGAAUUCUUCUCAAGUGUACAUGGAGAGCUGGAGCAACAACUAGGAAAGCCUAGCGCAGCAUCUUACUUGGCAAAGUCCAUAUUUCUCAUCUCCAUUGGUGGCAACGAUAUUAUUGGUUACUCCAAACCCGAUUCAGACUUGCCCGGUAAAUACGGUAGUCCCCAGAAAUACGUGGAUACCUUAAUGUUUACAUUCCGACGCCAGUUAAAGCGGAUGUUCGAUCUAGGUGCACGCAAAUUUGCCAUUCUUGGAGCUGCAAAGACAGGAUGUUGUCCAUCAUUGAGGAGGGAAACUGAUUCAUGCAAUGAGGGAGCAAACUCCUUGUCUUUGUUGUUUAACGACGGCGUUGCAUCACUGUUGCAAGAACUCAAGACACAAUUAGGGAUCAACUACUCCAUCUUUUUAUCUUACAAUCUCGUUGAAGAUUUCAUUUCGAAGCCAGCUGAACACGGAUUUACUGAGGUUCGUAGAGCUUGCUGUGGAGUGGGCGAGUUUCGUGCUGAUGUUCCGUGCAUACCAAUUGCGGAUUUAUGUGACAAGAGAGACAGUCAUCUGUUCUGGGAUUUAUACCAUCCAACCGAGGCAGCUGCCGGAAAAGUAAUAGAUAGGUUUUUCAGUGGUACAGAUGACAGAUAUGUUUUCCCUAUCAAUGUAAACCAAUUAGUUGGAGUCGCUGAACCAACUUCCACUCCAUAAUAAGAGUAUUGCUUGUAUCCGAGAUAAUAACAUGAGUUGUCCCGUUCGGAGUCAUCCGUUAAAUUUGGAACAAUACAAAGAGCAGACAUCUGCUUAAGUUCUAGCAUGAU